AUGCCGAAGUCAACUGCAGCUGAGAAGGCCCCGCCGUCGCUGAAGGUUUUACGGGUGAAAUUGAAGGAAAUUCAAACCAGCUUUUCCGACAUUUGGAUGUUUGUCGACGGGUACAGGGAGGAUUCAACUCAGGGUCAAAUUGAGGUUCGAUUGGGUAAAAUUGAUGACCUGUGGGAAAACUUUUGCGACACUUUAAUUCAGAUCAAAGCGCACGAUGACUUUAAGGAGACCGAUGAUUUAUUUGACAAGGAACGGCAAGACUUAAGCAACCAGUAUUACUUCUGCAAGGCAUUUUUGGUUGAUCGGGCAAGAGAAUUUGCGGUGCCGGAUUCGAUCAAUCACUCUGCUCGAUUGAACGAGUCGUCAGGCCAUAGUGGGAUGGAUCAUGUGCGGUUGCCUCAGAUAAAAUUGCAAACUUUUAAUGGGGACAUCGAAGAUUGGCUUGGAUUUCGAGAUCUGUUUACCUCGUUAAUCCAUUGCAAGCCAGACCUUUGUGAAGUAGAGAAAUUUCACUACUUAAAGGGGUGUCUUGAAGGGGAGCCAAAAACCCUGAUAGACUCGCUUCAAAUAACCCAGGCAAAUUACACGAUAGCAUGGAAUAUUCUUUUAAAACGCUACAAUAAUAGCAAGCAGCUUAAGAAACGUCAGAUACAAGCAUUGUUUUCCCUUCCGCAUCUUGUCAAGGAGUCAAUACCUGAUCUGCACGCUUUACUGGAAGGUUUCGAGAAGAAUGUUCAAAUCCUCGAUCAGGUUGUGCAGCCCGAGAACUACAAGGAGCUUCUCUUGGUCCAUCUUCUCUCAACACGGUUGGAUCCUGUUACGCGUAGGGGGUGGGAGGAGUUAUCUGCUAACAAGGAGGCAGAUACUCUUGAGGAUUUGACGGAGUUCAUAAGACGGCGAAUUGCGGUUCUAGAGGCGCUUCCAUCCAAGGCAUUGGAAUUGAAAGGUGGUUAUCAGCAGACAGCAGGGCAGAAGCAGAAACCAUACGUUCGGUGUAGUGGUCGUCAUCAUUCGCUGGUGUGCUUCCGCUCUGAAAACAACAGUAAUGGUCAGGUUUCAGCAAACGCAUCGAGGAAUGAUUCUCUCUCCGACGAUCAGGAAGCAGAAUCAUCGACACGUGUGGCGAACAUGGCAGCUCCUAUUGGUUCAUCGGUGAAUUCAGCUUCGCAAUUCCGUUCUCGAGUUCUACUAGCGACAGCGGUGGUCAUUAUUGAAGACGAUAUGGGUAAUCAGCUUCCGGCAAGGGCGCUGUUAGAUUCCGGAUCUGAGAGUAAUUUUAUGACUCAACGGCUUAGUCAACGGAUAACGGUUUCUCGAAACAAGGUGGAUGUUUCGAUUCUCGGCAUUGGGCAAGUUGCAACGAAGGUGAAGCAGAAGGUCAGCGCUGUGGUGAAGUCUCGUACAUCUGAAUAUGCUCGUGAACUUAGUUUCUUGGUUUUACACAAGGUUACGGCAACUCUUCCGACAGCAGAUGUCAACACUGGGGGAUGGAAUAUUCCUAAGGGAAUUUCGCUAGCUGAUCCUGCCUUUUUCCAGUCCAACAGCGUGGACCUCGUCUUGGGAAUUGAGUGCUUCUUCGAGUUCUUCGAAACUGGUCGAAGAAUAUCGCUUGGAGCAAAUUUGCCAGCACUCAAUGAAUCAGUCUUCGGAUGGAUCGUAUGUGGAGGUGUUUCUCAACCGGAUAGCUCGCUAAGAGUCAGCUGCAACGUCUCGGCGAACGAGACACUUGAUAUGCUGGUGUCACGGUUUUGGGAAUCCGAAGAGAUUGGAUCAAAGAGGAACUAUUCCCCGGAGGAGAGUCUAUGUGAGGAGAUUUUUGAGCAGACGGUUCAGCGGAGUUCAAGCGGGCGAUACAGUGUUGCUCUGCCUACGAAAAAGGUUGCAGUGUCAAGGCUCGGUGACUCCAGAGACAUCGCUUAUCGGCGGCUCUUGGGUACAGAACGUCGAUUUGCCAGGGAUACAGAACUGAAGCGCCAGUACAUGGAAUUUAUGGAGGAGUAUCAUCAACUUGGGCACAUGCGAAAGGUUCCGGCGGAGGAUAUUGGCAAUUUCAGAAGGUGUUUUCUGCCACAUCAUCCGGUAAUAAAGGAGGCGAGUACGACUACCAAGGUGCGCGUAGUCUUCGAUGCCUCUUGCAAGACAUCUUCGGGAGUAUCGCUCAACGACGUCUUGAUGACCGGGCCGGUUGUACAAGAUGACCUCAGGUCCAUCAUGAUGCGGUGUCGGACGAAGGCGAUUAUGCUGGUGGCAGACGUUGACAAGAUGUUUCGCCAAAUUGAGAUUCAACCCGAAGACAGACCUCUCCAGUGUGUGUUAUGGCGCAACAAUCCGAACGAGGAAGUAGGUGUUUACGAGCUGAACACGGUGACCUACGGAACGAAGCCUGCUCCGUUUUUGGCUACCCGUACUUUGCAACAACUGACGUCAGAUGAGGCAUCUCGUUUUCCCUUGGCGGCGCAAGCGAUGGCAGAUGACACCUACAUGGACGACGUCAUUACCGGAGUGAACAUCCUCGAAGAAGCAGUUGAGCUUAGGAAGCAGUUGGAGCAGAUCACGGAAAGCGGAGGUUUUCGACUACGCAAGUUUGCCUGUAAUCGGUCGGAGGUUCUACAGGGUAUUCCGCAAGACAAUUUAGCGAUUCCUGGGUUCGUAGAUUUGGACCCAGAUCCCUCUGUCAAAACGUUAGGACUGACUUGGUUGCCCGGUUCGGAUACAUUCAUGUUCCAAUUUAAUUUACCAAAAUUCGAAGACCUCAAGUUGACGAAACGCAACGUACUCUCUGUUAUCGCCAUGUUAUUCGACCCCUUAGGGCUGAUUGGAGCCACUAUAACCAUGGCGAAGAUUUACAUGCAGCAGUUGUGGAUUCUUCAAAAUUCGGACGGCAAUAGGCUUGAUUGGGACGAGCAACUACCUUCCACGGUGGGUGAGCGUUGGCGAAAAUUUCACGAGGAGUUGUACUGGCUGAACACCAUUAGAAUCGAUCGCUGUGUUAUUAUCCCCAACCCGAUAGAGCUGGAACUUCAUUGUUUCUCGGAUGCUUCUGAGAAGGCGUUUGGCGGUUGUAUCUAUCUUCGUAGCAGAGACUCGCAUGGUAUAGUUUGGACUAGAUUAGUUUCGUCGAAAUCUAAGGUGGCCCCAUUAAAAUGUCAAUCGAUAGCACGUCUCGAACUCUCUGGAGCAUUAUUGAUUGCAGAACAAUUCGAAAAGGUGAAGGAUUCCUUGAAAAUUUCGGCUAAGGCGUUUUUCUGGACCGAUUCGACGUGCGUUUUGCGGUGGUUGCAAGCGAUUCCGACUGUGUGGACGACGUAUGUGGCAAAUAGGGUGUCUAAAAUUCAAUCCAUCUCUGAGGGAUGCAAAUGGCGUCAUGUACCAGGUAUUCAGAACCCGGCGGACUUGAUUUCGAGAGGAGUUUCACCAGCGAAUAUCGUGGAAAACCAGUUUUGGUGGAAAGGGCCGGCCUGGUUGCAAGAAUCAGAGGAGAGUUGGCCACAAGCACCAGCGUUUUGUGCUCGAGAAGAAGGAGACGAGGAAUUGCGUCGAACUACUGUUGUCGUGGUUGCCUCUGAAACGGAGGAGUUUGUCAAUUCUUAUAUUUCUAAGUUUUCGUCUUAUAUUGACCUCAUUCGUAAAACUGCAUAUUGGCUACGCCUGAAAACCUUUCUUUUAAGCAGACUAAGAAACCCAGAAGCAGAACCAAAUCGAAGUUAUCUCUCGGUGUCGGAAUUGAAUCAUGCGGAAUACGAUCUUAUCUCUCAAAUCCAAAGGAUUGCAUUUGCGGAUGAAUGGAAGGUUUUGGCAGAAGGAAAAUCGGUGUCUAGGAGUUCGCCGAUGCGUUGGUAUAACCCUUUCUUGUCCUCUGAAGGAGUAAUUCGACUUGGCGGUAGACUGAGGAAUUCUGAUGAGCCUCAUGAUGCAAAGUAUCCCGUUGCACUGCCCGCUAGGCACCUCUUUUCGACGUUGCUCAUUAGGUAUCACCACGAGAAGCUGCUACACGCAGGCCCACAGCUUUUGUUAAGUGUCUUGAGACAGCGUUACUGGAUUUUCGGAGGGAGAGAAACCGUAAGGAAUGUAGUUCAUCGUUGUUUGAGAUGUUAUAGAGCCAAGCCAUCUCCAGUCCAGCAGUUCAUGGGCGAUUUACCGGCUUCCAGGGUGACCAUCGCCCCAGCCUUUCGACGAAGCGGUGUGGAUUAUUUCGGCCCCGUUUAUGUCAGACCCGUUCCCCGUCGCCCGGCAGUCAAGGCCUACGUUUGUAUUUUUGUCUGUCUGUGCACAAAGGCUGUUCAUCUGGAACUGGUUUCAGAUUUGACCACUGACCGCUUCAUCCAAGCGUUGCGUAGGUUCGUAGCUCGCAGAGGAAAAUGUGCGGAAAUCCUAUCUGAUAACGGUACGAAUUUCGUUGGUGCCCGUAACAAAAUGAGAGAACUUUUAGAGCUUCUAAGGGAUCGUUCUCAUCGUGACCAAGUAGCAAAGGAGUGUGCGAAUUCCGGAAUACAGUGGAGCUUUAGUCCGCCGAGCGCUCCCCAUUUCGGUGGUCUCUGGGAAGCUGCCGUACGAUCAGCCAAGAAUCAUCUGCUUAGAGUUUUAGGAGAAGAACCGGUAUCACCAGAGGAUUUCAACACGCUAUUAGUCCAGGUGGAAGCGUGUCUAAACUCCCGACCAUUGACACCCUGUUCAGACGACCCUAACGACUUGGACCCCCUAACACCUGCUCAUUUUCUCAUCGGUAGCUCCCUGCAAGAAGUUCCGGAUGAAAAUGUCCUCGAUGUACCUUUUAAUCGACUGAGUAAAUGUCAGCAGGUUCAAAAGCGAUUCCAACAAUUUUGGAAGCGAUGGCGAAGGGAGUAUUUGUGUCAGCUGCAAGCAAGGACCAAGCGGUGGAAGUCCCCAGUUGGUAUCAACGAAGGCAUGCUUGUUGUCCUGAAGGACGAGAACCUCCCACCCCUACAAAUCCUGGAUAUUUCUGGCCGGCAACCCACAAUCGAAAACAACUUCAACAGUUGGUGUCCCAUCUUCGGUUUCUCCAGCUGGUGGUUUUACCUACGACUCGCCGAACACCCAACGAUCAGACCGAAUGACCAAACAACAGACGGUGAUUUCCAUCCCAGCACGGCCCACACGACGAGCAAAAAGGUACCCGAAGACGAUCAUCAGCAAUCAUCGGCAAUCAUCAGCCGGUAUUGUGCAGCGAUCAUCACCCACCGGUUAUUGUUUUUGGUGACUAGAACGGAGAUUGGGAGAGAGCGUAUCACCCAUCGGCCCAUCGGAAAAACAUCGCAUCUUCAAUCUUCGGAGGCAGAUGGCAAAACUCGAAACUCGCACCAGUCGAAUUGA